GACCCCGCCGCGACGCACAGCCACAGCGGCCCCGCCGAGUACUACAGGCUGCGCUCCUUCUCCAUCACGCCCAGCGGCAUCUUCAACCUGGGGGACUCCUUCCGCUCCAGGCGGUCCCGUUCCAACGGCUCCGUCGCCUCCACCACCUCGUCCAACAGCGACGACCUUCGCGAGCUGCGCGACCGCCUGCCAAGCGGAGCGUCCGUGUCCAGCGUGGAGGCGGGCCGGACGGCGGCGGCGGCGGGCGCGGCGGGCACCGCGGACGCGCCCAGGGUGCCCUGCUUCAAGGUGGCCAUGCUCGGCGCGUCGGGCGUCGGCAAGACCACCCUCACGUACCAGUUCACCACCUCGGAGUACAUCUGCGCCUACGACACCUCGCUGGACGAGGAGUUCGGCCAGAAGACCGUGUCCGUGCUGCUCGACGGGCAGGAGUCGGACCUGGAGAUCGUGGACCACCCCGCCGCCGAGAUGUCGGCGGAGGCGUUCUGCGCCACGUACAACCCGGACGUGUUCGUGGUGGUGUACUCCGUGGUGGAGCGGCGCACCUUCCAGGCCGCCGAGGACAUCCUGCUGUUCCUGUGGAAGUCGGACUACAUGACGACGCGCGGCGUGGUGCUGGUGGGCAACAAGGCCGACCUGGAGCGCAAGCGGGAGGUGUCCACGUCAGAGGGCCGCCGCCUGGCCAACAGCUGCUCCUGCAAGUUCAUCGAGACGUCGUCGGGCCUGGACCACAACGUGGACGAGCUGCUGGUGGGGCUGCUGGCGCAGGUGCAGCUCAACCCGCGGCGCGAGGCGCUGAGUCGGCGCAAGGGCCGUAAGAAGCGAGGCCCGCCGCCCACGCCCUCCAACAGUGGCGGCGGCGCGUCCACUGGCAAGCGCAUCCUGCGCCACCUGCUGGGCAUCAAGCGCAAGGCGCGCUCCUGCGAGAACUUGCUCGUCCUCUAGGCGCUCCAUGGAGCCUCCAGCCCUCCGCCUCCUGUCUCGUCCAUUGUGCCGAGCCGCGCCCCGCGCGCCACGUCCAACAGGCGUCAACUUGUCCAAGUGAUGAUUGUUUCCAUCUCGCAGCUAAGGCAGUGUCUGGCCGCCUCGAGCCGAGGCCCACCGCGCCUCUCUUUCGGGCGGUGGCUUGGCUCUGCCGAGAGUGGAGGAGGGCGAGGGGGCUGUUGUCCUCUUCCCUUUCGAGAGAGAGCGAGACAGCACGUUCGUCCCGUCUGGCCUUUGUGCGCUGCCAGUUGCCAGUGUGCCUGUUGCCUAACCCCCGUGUGCCAAUCCUUCCAGAAUGCGGCGACGAGGCGAGGCGCUGCGAUUAGCUAAUGGAUAGCUUACUGUGUUGUGUCUGCCCGGCAGACUCAUUUCGAGAGUCGUUUCCGUCGCUGUCUCUCUCGCACUCACGAGGCGUCCCCUACAGGUGCCAUAGAGACAGAGCAACGGAAACUACUCUCGGAAUCAGUCGGCUUCCGAAGGCCGAAGCCGAAGGUACGGAUCGGACUAAAGGAAAACAAGGGCGGGGGAAUCAGGGACUCAAUCAAAAUUGUACCAGUGAAAGAGCUUUGCUUGGUGAAAUU